UCUUCGCUGCCUACAGUCCCUAGUCUCCCCAGCGGGUCCUCGAAGAUGAAGACCACGGCUACCUUUGCUUUCCUCAUGGCCCUCACUGUCCAGGGUGUCGUUGGACAGUUGGCCCUCCUCUCCAAGUUGGCCGGCAAGCAGUACUUUGGUACCGCCAUCGACUACGUCGCUAUCAACGACACGGCCUACAUGAAGAAGUCCGGUGACAGGUGGGAGUUCGACACCAUCACCCCUUCGAACAGCAUGAAGUGGGAGACCAUCCAACCUGAGCAAGGCGUCUGGAACUUCGGCCCUGCAGACGAACUCGUCGCCUUCGCCAAGAAGAACAGGCAAGCCGUUCGUGGACACACUUGCCUCUGGCACAGUCAACUCGCUCCAUGGGUCGAGGCCGGCAACUUCGACAGCGAGACCCUGCAUGAGAUCAUCCACGAGCACUGCUACAAGUUGGUGAGCCACUACAAGGGCGACGUGUUCCACUGGGAUGUUGUCAACGAGGCCUUCCUUGAUGACGGAACCUUCCGCCCCACCGUGUUCUACAACACCACGGGAACCACCUAUUUCGACACUGUCUUCAAGGCUGCCCGGGCUGCUGAUCCCAAGGCUAAGCUCUACAUUAACGACUACAACCUCGAGGGACUAAGCCCCAAAUCUGACGCUGUCUACGAGCUCGUCAAGGACCUCAAGUCUCGCGGCAUCCCCAUCGACGGCGUUGGUGUGCAAGGCCAUCUCAUCCUCGGACAGAUCCCCACCACCAUCAGGGAGAACUUCCAGCGCUUCGCCGACCUCGGCGUCGACGUUGCCAUUACUGAGCUUGACAUCCGAAUGGACUUGCCUGUUACUCGCGAGAAGUUGGCCCAACAAAAGAAGGACUACGAAGCCGUUGUGUCAGCUUGCAAGGCUGUGAAGCGAUGCGUUGGUAUCACCAUCUGGGACUGGACCGACAAGUACUCCUGGGUUCCCGGCUGGUUCGAGGGUGAGGGUGCCGCUCUCCCUUGGGACGAGGACUUCAAGAAGAAGCCCGCUUACUACGGUAUUGUCGAGGGUCUCAUCAAGCCCGUUCGCAGGAAGUAG